AUGGUUAGGCAGAGAAAAUCAGCCUUACGGCAGUCAAAUAAUAAUGAAACAAGCAGUAGUUCUGGUAGUAGUGAAUCGUCUAUUGGAAAUAGGACGUUUAAAUUCCUAUCUGUAUGGAAAACUGCUGUCGGCUUCGCCUGUUUCCUGAUCGCAGUGUAUGUGAGCACCUUAGGGUACUUGGAGACCAGGGUUAACACACCUUUUGACGACGAUAAGGUUGUCCAACAAAAUGGGUUACAAGUACCAGACAGGUACUGGGGUACAUACAGACCAGGAGUAUAUCUCGGGCUGAAGAGCAGAGAGCCACGGUCACCUGUAUUCGGUCUUAUGUGGUAUCAGCUAGCCCAGGCUACACACAAAGGGAUCAGACACUGGUGUGAUCAAAAUGAUCAGCUAGCUACAUAUGGCUGGCUGAGACAUGAUGGGGUCACGUUCGGCGAGCAGUUGAUAUCAGACCCCCCUCAUAACAUUACGACAUCGUUUGUUAAAACUCCUGGGGGUAAGCACGGUGGAUUGUGGACAGUCCGUGUUAAUGUUACUACAAAGGGUAACACAAAUGCACCAUUCGUGUUGAUAUGGUACGCUGCCCUGGAUGAGUCCAUGGGCCCAGCCGCUCCACAUUCCCGCCUCUGGUACGAAGAUGGAGCCAUACUAGGACAUACUCCACAAUUACAUAACUUUAAAAUCAAUUUGGUGCCUCAGAAAGGUAAGCUCUUGCACACGUCAUUCUCAGAAGGCCAUGCGCCAGGGUUACAACUUCUGAAAGAGAAGUACUAUGCUCUACUGAAGGUUGAAAAACAUGCUGUUUUCGGGCGGCUGGCUGUCCUCGGUCCUGAUGAUGAAUUAAAUGAUAAGGAAAAAGACAUAAAUUUUGUUCCAAUACAGAUGUUAGUAGAAACACCUUUCGUGGUAGACAUCGUGUACACAACUGAGGACUUACCGACCCCCCCACUAAAAGGGGUUGAAUAUACCAAAUCGUUAGAACUGAAAAAGCAGAACUUCGAUAAUGAGUUUGAAGAGAAAUUCAAGUUGAAUGAGAAAGGGUACUCUCCCGAAGACGUAGCAGUGGCUAAGGCGGCGUUGUCCAACAUGGUGGGAGGUAUUGGUUACUUCUUCGGCGCUGGUCGAGUGCAGUCGCAGUACACACGCGAGCCUGUUCCAUACUGGAGAGCUCCCCUUUACACCGCCGUGCCCAGCAGGUCCUUCUUCCCCCGAGGUUUCCUAUGGGAUGAAGGUUUCCAUGGUAUGCUCGUAGGCCGUUGGAAUUUGGAUAUCCAGAUGGAUAUAGCUGCUCAUUGGAUGGAUUUGAUCAACGUGGAAGGAUGGAUUCCUAGAGAACAAAUUUUAGGUGCCGAGGCUUUAGCAAGAGUACCCAAAGAGUUCGUAGUCCAGAGCAACGCCGCAGCCAACCCUCCGAUACUGUUGAUCCAGCUGGCGCACUUCGUGAAGAAACGCCCUGAGCUCUUCGGCAACAACUCUCCACAUAGGAGCACUUUAAACAGGAUGUUUAGUCGACUGCAGGCGUGGUACCAAUGGUUCCAGACGACUCAGAAGGGAGAAGAACCCACGUCGUAUCGCUGGCGAGGACGCGAGGAUGACGGACUACAGCUGAACCCCAAGACUUUGAGUUCAGGACUGGAUGACUAUCCGAGGGCAUCUCAUCCAUCAGAUAUUGAGCGUCACGUGGACCUGAGGUGCUGGAUGUACGCGGCCGCAGACGCCAUGAUGACCAUCGCGGAUGUACUGCAGAGAGAUAGUAGCAAGUUUGAAACGACCCGCGACCAACUCGGCGAUGAGGAGUUAUUGAAUGAACUGCAUUGGUCCCCCCACACACAGACUUAUGCAGAUUAUGGACUCCACACGGAUGGCGUGCGAUUGGUGCGAGCGCCUGCUAAGAACGCUGCUGAAAGCGCUCGUGUGGUGCGGAGCGUCACUGCACCCCCUCAGCCAAGGCUGGUCACCUCCGCCUUCGGGUACAUCUCGUUAUUCCCGAUGCUAAUGAAAGUACUGAAGCCGAACAGCGACAAACUCGGCAAGAUAUUGGAAGAUCUGGAUAAACCUGACCUCCUGUGGUCGCCGUAUGGCCUUCGAUCCCUCUCAAAAUCUUCCCCCCUAUUCAUGAAGAGGAACACAGAGCAUGACCCCCCAUACUGGCGAGGCCAGGUGUGGAUCAACAUAAACUAUCUGGCGUUGUCAGCGCUCAAGCACUACAGCGGCCUCGAUGGACCUCACGCCGGGAGGGCCAGGGACCUCUACUCGAGGCUCCGGGAUAAUAUCGUCCGUAAUAUCUUGAAGGAAUACAAACGCACCGGGUACCUGUGGGAGCAGUACUCGAGCGAGGAUGGCAAAGGUUCCGGCUGCAAACCGUUCAGUGGGUGGACUGGACUGGUAGUGCUCAUCAUGGCUGAUGAAUAUUAA